AGCGCUCUUUCGCACGACAUGAGAGCAAGAGAUACAAACCAAGACGACCUUGCAACAGCAUUAUAGGCUUUAAAAGACAUUCGAUAAUGAGAAUAUCAAUUCGACUGCUUCAACUAACUAAGGAAGAAUUCUUGACUGACCAUGGGCCACCCUCCGAUCCCGAGUCGCCUAGGCAUAUUCCGCCUCAAAGAAGCCGACACAAACACAGGACUCUUCUCGCGACGCGGCAAAAAGUACAUAUUCGCAGUGGCGGAAAAAUACCCCCUGAAUUUAGACGACGCCUUGGUUCUCAUCUAUUUCCCACUAAUCCCUUACGGCUCAAGCGAGGCCAUCGUUUUUACAAGAAGCGAGUCCGGUAAGGGCUUUUGUAGAUAUGCUGCGGUUAUCGCGAGAGGUGAUCCGCAGUUUGAGAUCGAGAUGCGGCACUACCCGGCUGGAGGGGCGAUCGCAACCUUCCACUCGCUCGCGGACGUUGUUGCCACUCGCCAAGACAAAAAGACAAUUGACGCCGUUAAAAUCGGUCUCAAAUUUCGACGAAGCUGGGUCGGAUCGCCAGAGUACACGGAGUGGCAAGAAGAGGCCGGGACUCCCGUAAAGUACAGGACCGAAGGUUCCAAAGUGUGGGACGACACGAACGCGAAUAUCGUAAUGCUAUUUCACCACUUCAAUCGAGCCAAGAAACCCUCGGGGGCCAGAUUCUCCAUAGACUUGGUGCAGAAAAGUAGCGGCUCUAACCAGUAUCUCAUCUACCAGGAGCAUAUGCUUCCGGUUCUCGCCAAGGCCACGAUGCAUGCCCUCUUGGCUUGGAAUUAUUGGGCGCGUGAUCUACAGGAAGCUUCGCCGAUUCGAAGAGAUGAUGAAGGAGCCUCUUGAUGCCGUUGGCUGCGACUUGCAUGUCGCUGCGUGAAGUGGUCAGAAGUCGGAGCAUGCGGGCGACAACAUGAAGGGUAACCAGCAUGUUCAUCGUGCUUCUUCAAACCCCCUUGUUGCAACAUCGAGAGUGUCUGAUGGCGGAUAUAAGUAGCCCACUCCCAAAUGACACGCGGAUGGAAGAAACAUGCUUAAUAUGAGAUAUCAGACGCUAGGCAUAGCUACUUGUUAUCAAAGGCGCUUGUGAACAC